AUGGCAGCCUCCGACGAUCUCAUCAACUUCGACGUUAUCGAAGCACAGAAAGAAAAUAUCCAGGCGCUGCCCAGUGGUCGCUCCGCCAAAAAGCUGGCCCAGCUGUUCUCGCCCUCACCUCUGCAGAAGCUGAACACCCCGAUACCCUCAGACACUAAAAAUGUCAAUGACUGCAUUCGAGUCGAGUACGAGGAGGAACUCCAGAACAUCUCCGAGUCAGACGAUCCUCUAGAUAUUUUCGACCGUUAUGUGCGAUGGACCCUAGACGCAUACCCCUCAGCGCAAGCAACACCGCAAUCUCAGCUUCACACACUCCUCGAGCGCGCAACCAAGACCUUCAUCGGCUCCUCGCAGUACAAGAACGAUCCCAGAUACCUCAAGAUCUGGAUUCUGUACAUCCAAUUCUUCGCCGACUCACCGCGCGAAACCUUCCUCUUCCUGUCGCGACAUAGCAUCGGAGAAUCACUUGCCCUUUUCUACGAAGAGUACGCCGCCUGGCUCGAGGGCGCUGGGAGAUGGAGCCAAGCAGAGGAGGUGUACAAGCUCGGAAUCGAGCGCGAGGCAAGACCGGUACAGCGUCUGAUUCGCAAGUUCAAGGAGUUCGAGGAGAGACUCGCCCACCAGCCCGAGGCCGACAACGAGCCCUCUUCACCAGCACUUCCCACCGUGCGGCCUGCUUUGGCUGCAAAGAUUGACCCUUUUGCUGCCGCCCGCGCUGCGGCCGCUGUCGCUGCAGACCCCCAGGCCCCUCGACCCAGCCAGGGCGUGAGCACAACGGCGGCGAAACCUGGCAAAGCUAAGAUGUCCAUCUUCUCAGAUGCCGACUCCGCACCCCCAGCAUUGUCGUCGCGUGGACCAAGCUCGAAGGGAUGGGAUUCAAUCGGCUCCUUGGGCGAUCGGAAGAAGGAGAAUGUGAUGGAACCCAAGCCGUGGGCGGGAGAGACAUUGAAGGCUGGCGGGAAGAAGAGCACUGCUCCGAAGAUGGCUAUCUUUAAGGAUACGUCUCAGUUGCAAUCAAAAAUGCAACCCAAAGCCCAAUCACGAUCAUCACGAGCGCAAAUGUCCAAGUCCCAUAUUACACUCGUGCCAUCGAAGAAUCAAACAGUAGUGAACCCCGUAAGCGGGAAGAAGGAGCGCAUCUUUGUUAGCCUCGAGGCCCUCUAUCCCACUCCCGAAGAACCUGGCUCGGAGCUUGGUUUUGAGGAAGUUUGGGCCAUGAACCGAGGCUGGCUGGAUGUCUCCUGGGAUGAAGUGUCACUAACUGAGGAAGUUCCUUCCGAGAUGAUGAGCGUUGAGCCUUCCAUGGUUGACGAUCUCAGCCACCUAGUACAGGAGAAGCUGGUUGUUCACACAGAAACCGUCGUAAUGGAUGAGAACGGAGCCAUAGUAAAGAAGAAGGGGGGCAAGAGCAAGAAAAAGAAGACGAUGGAGGUUAAUGAGACUCAAAUCAUCAAAGCAAAUCUAGACUCACCGUCUAGGCCGAAGUUGAAGAAGAGGAACACGGCUGAGCCAACGAUGACGCUCCAUACACGGGCUGCUACGGAUGAGAUCUACGAGAUUUUUAACCAACCCAUUCAGUCUAAUCCUUUGGAUGAUGAGGAAGAGGAGGAGGAAGAUGAAGAGGAAGAUAGUGACGAGGACGAUGACUACGAGACAGAUGGCGACUACACCGAGGUUGAGAACACCAUGACUACUCGCCUGAUUGAAAACGACAACAACGCCGAAGAAGCUGACGAAGAUGGCUCGGAUCUGAAGAGUAUCAGUGAAUGGUCUGACUUCUCCACACGCAAGCACGUCCCUGUUCUCGACGAGGACGCGACCCAAGCCGGUGUAGACGAUACCCAAGCUUCCGAUUUGAUGGAUCCAAAUUACGCUGAGCGUACCGGUCCUCUACCUGAUGAGCAGACUGCCUCCCAGGAUGGCAGAGAAUCAGAUGACGAACACGAGGCCGGAGAAGAAGAGGAAGGUGAUGAGGAUUACCCACCAAGAACGAAAACGAUCUUCGUGCCGAUACCCCCAGAGGAUUAUGAGCCCAGGACACGACCGUUUAGGGACCCGGUCGAGAUGGCCAAUAACCGUCUCCCCUUCAUGACCCCGAUUACGGAGAGAACCGAAUCUUCUCUUGCGUUUACAGAACGGAAGGCAAGGUAUGAGACUCCGUCUCGUGAGGAAUACGAGUCAACUAUCCAUGAGGAGGACUCUGACAUGGAAGAGCCGGGUAGCAGCCCAUUGAGGGAAGUCCUGAGCGAGGUUCGACCUAUCAAAAUUGCCCAGCCCCUUCUCGGCAAGGCAAAGUCUGCUCCGUCAAAGCCAGCACCUCCCAAGGGACCGAUCAUCAAGGAGUUGCAAUGCAACCCAGUAGAUGAAGCUGUGAGGAAUGAGAUCCUCGCCAAUAUACAUCCACCGCUCGACUCAUACCCUGGAUUCUACGACCAUAGCCACGAGAAGUACGAGAAGGGCAACGAGAUCCGCAAAUUCGCCAAGGCCAUGACAAAGGCAGCCAAAGGCGGAGACAGAGUGAGCAAUGCUUGUGCCAUGGUUACUAUCGAGUUUCCCGAUAUUGCUACAGAGUACACCAUCAGGAAAGAGCUCGGUGCCGGCGCUUUUGCUCCAGUCUAUCUCGUCGAGAACCCAGACGCAGAUCAAGAAGACGAGGAUGAGAACGGUGUCGUGGCCAUGGGCAAGGGCGCAUUUGCCGUCAACCAUCGCAGUCCUCUGGAAGCACUCAAGAUGGAACUUCCUCCAACGCCCUGGGAGUUCCAUAUGAUGCGUCUCGCCCACACGCGCCUGGGCACUCAGCACCGCGCGGCCGCCUCCAUCUCUUACGCCCACGAGUUCCACCUCUACCAGGACGAGGGCUUCCUCUUCCUCCCCUAUCACCCCCACGGCAGCGUCCUCGACGUUGUCAACUUCUUUCGCGCCGAGCCCUCUGCCGUCAUGGAUGAGCAGCUGGCCAUGUUCUUCACCAUUGAACUGUUCCGCACCGUCGAGGCCCUACAUACCCGCGGCGUCCUCCACGGCGACCUCAAAGUUGACAACUGCCUCCUCCGCCUCGACCACGGCGGCAACGACCAGCCCCUGUCAACGCAAUACAGCGCUACCGGCGCAGGUGGCUGGGGUGCGCGUGGCGUGACUCUCAUCGAUUUCGGCCGCGGCAUUGACAUGCGUAACUUUGCGCCCGACGUGGGCUUCAUUGCGGACUGGAAGACAAGCGCGCAAGACUGCGCCGAGAUGCGCGAGGGUCGGCCAUGGACGUGGCAGAUUGACUACCACGGCCUCGCGGGCAUUGUUCACUGCCUGCUGUUUGGAAAGUACAUUGACACGGUUCGCUGUGACCAGGGCGGGAUCGGGGCAGGCGGGCGCAAAUACCGCGUCCGCGAGAGUCUCAAGCGGUACUGGCAGACGGAGAUCUGGUCAGAAUGUUUCGAUUUGUUGCUAAACCCAGGCUCGUUUGUCGCCGCGGAGGAGGGCGCUCGCAUGCCGGUACUCAAGAGCAUGCGCGGCGUCAGGGAGAAGAUGGAGGCUUGGUUGGAGGGCAACUGCGAGAGAGGUGUCGGGUUGAAAAGUCUCGUUGGCAAGGUCGAGGCGUUCGCCAAGGGCAGGAGGUGA